AUGGGAGCCCCAAAGCGAUCCCCCAGCUUCUCUCAUCGCCCCGGCUUCCCUAGCGGCCUGCGCGUGCUGCUGGUGGACAGCGACGUGGAGGCGCGCGCACGCACAGAGGAGCAGCUGCGCGCUUGCGACUACUCGGUGACCUCGUGCGCGUCGUGCGCGGAGGCCGUGGUCCAGCUCAGCUCCUGCAGCGCGUCGGCCUUCGACGUCCUCCUCGCCGACAAGGGCGCGAUCGGCUGCGUCGCCGCGGCGACCGCCGCCGGCGCGGCCGCCAAGGCCGGCCGCAGCGGCCUGCUCGACUCCUGCAGGGGCGUGCCCUGCAUCCUCAUGGCCGCGGACCCGAGCCCCGAUGACGUCAUGCAGGGCGUCAGCCUCGGCGCCGUCGACUUCCUUGCCAAGCCGCUGAGCCAGCUGAAGCUGCGCAACAUCUGGCAGCACACCGUGCGCAAGAUGAUGGGCGACAUGCGGAUCCAGUGCGGCGGCAAGCCCGAGCCGCUGGACCGGACGGCGUCGAGCCUGCCGGCGGCGCUAGCUUGCAUCGACGAGCAGCAGCCGCAGCUGCAGCCGCAGCAGCAGCCGCAGCAGCAGCAGCAGCAGCAGCAGCUGCAGCAGGACCAGCACACAAAGCCCGGCCUGCCCCCCCGCUCCCCCGGCGUCGCGCGGCCGCCGCCCGUGCGCGCGCUGCGCGCGGGGCACCGCCCGCCGCACGCCUGCGUAAGCAGCACCAACCUCGCAGCUUCAGGGCCAGAGCCGAUGGAUGAUGACGCAGAGUUUGAUUUUGAGGCGGCGGAGCCCCCGCGCGCCCCCGCGCCUGCCUGCGACGACGCCACGUGCGCCGCGCCGCGCCCCGCCGCGCCCGCGCCCGCGCCGUCUGUGAGCGCGGCGACCGCCGCCUGCACUGCUGCAACGGCGACCGCGACGGCGACGGCGACGCACAUGACCGCGCCCGUGCCGUCGUGCGGCGUGCCCGUGUCGGGCGCGCUCGCACCGCUGUCGGCGGGCAUGGUGCGGCGGAAAUGGGCGGGCCCUGGGGCUACAUGGGCGGCGGCUGCCCCAUGCCGCCGCCGUUCAUGGCGCCGCCCCCCUUCAUGA